AUGGAUUCCAUGGAGGGAAAUGUUCCUCCUCCUGGGUCGAUCCAAUUUGUGUCAGUGCAGCCAGACUCAGUAUCAUUGCGCUGGUCACCUCCAGAGGGCGCUCCUGGUCACCACACCUUCAAGGUCACCUGGACAGGAGGUCAAAAGGACAGCUACUUUCCAGUGACAAGUACAAAUUUGGAGGUGACAGAGCUGACUCCAGGAGAGAAGUACCACUUCACUGUGGCCACCCUCAGCCAAGAUGGCCGCCACAGUACACCUGUGGAGGGGGCUGUUUACACAGAGGUCCCCCCUCCACAGAAUCUCCAAGUGGAAGUGACAUCACCCACAGCCACUGUGACAUGGACCAAACCAGCUGGAGUCGACCAGGUGACUUACCUGCUGCAGAUCAUCAGAGACCAGGAAGUCAUACGCACCAUUCAGAGAAACUCCUGCCAGUACACCAUUACUGGCCUGCAAGUAGAUGCAAAUUACAACGUCAAUGUCACCACUGUACUCAGCAACGGCCGUCAAAGUCAACCAGCAGUCCAAACCUUCAGAGCAGAGGUCCCGCCUCCACAGAAUCUCCAGGUGGAAGUGACAUCCCCCACAGCCAGUGUGACGUGGACCAAACCAGAUGGAGUGGACCAGGUGACUUACCUGCUGGACAUUGUCAAAGGCCAGGAAGAAAUACGCACAGUGCAGAGAAACUCCUGCCAGUACACCAUCACUGGCCUGCAAGCAGGAGCAGAGCACACCGUUAAUGUUGCCACGAUACUCAGCAAUGGCGGUCAGAGUAAACCAGCAUCCAAAACCUUCAAUAUAGGCACGUGA